AUGCCCUGGGUUACACAUUGGAUGAUAUUAGAGGCAUUAGUCCAUCUCUUUAAGGAAGUGCUUAAGUUGUUAGAUGCGGGUAUCAUCUACCCGAUUUCGGAUAGCGCAUGGGUUAGUCCCGUGCAAGUUGUGCCAAAGAAGGGGGGUAUCACUGUGGUAGAGAAUGAUAACGAAUUGAUACCCACUAGGACGGUUACGGGUUGGAGAAUGUGUAUUGAUUAUAGGAAGCUGAAUUCCAACACCCGUAAAGACCAUUUCCCGUUACCCUUCAUCGAUCAAAUGCUAGAGAGGUUAGCCUUGCAUUCCCAUUUUUGCUUUCUUGAUGGCUACUCGGGAUUCUUCCAAAUCCCCAUUCACCCUAGCGACCAGGAGAAAACCACCUUUACAUGCCCAUAUGGUACCUUCGCAUAUCGUAGGAUGCCUUUUGGUUUAUGUAAUGCACCGGCAACAUUUCAGAGAUGCAUGACUGCUGUGUUUUCUGAUCUCAUCGAGGAUGUUAUGGAGGUGUUCAUGGAUGAU